AUAUUUCAGAUUGUUUUAACCAUUCACAAGUUUGAGUAUAAAAAACAGGCCUACAGUUUCCACUCCGGAAAUUUAAUCCCGCGUCCGAUAAUCAGUUUCAAUUUUAGUAAAUUUUUUAAGGAAAAUAAACAAAAGAAUUUUAUUUAUAUUUUUUUCAAGUUAUGUUAAAUUCGUAAGACUUUUGGAAGAAAGUUUAAAAAAGAAAUGUACUUUGUUUUAAAUCUCGACAAAGCGGGAAGCAACUACAAAAGCAGCAAAUUGUAAACAAAGUGGGUGUCAUUGACCCUGCGAUCAAACAAAAGUCAGCGUGCAGAAUCAAUCAGGGCGAGGAUUUAAUAGUAGGACAUUGUUUAUCAAUUGCAAUGUUCUCAAGAAGUGGUCAGAUGUAGGAAGACUAUUCUAAAGACUUGAAGUAAUACAGUAUCAAGAUGAAGAUUCAAAUGGAUGGAUUUCACAAAAUUUAUGAUGACCUUGAGAAGGUUAUUGACAAAGAAGAUACAAAUAGUUCCAUUACGUCAGACUCUGAUGAUGCAAAAACUGACCUGAAAACAUUCCGUGAGAAAGUUGAAUAUGUGCUGAACACAAGUAAAUUCCAAAUUGUGAUCGUGUGUUUAGUUAUUUUAGACUGUCUCUUUGUGAUAGCAGAACUGUUGAUUGACAUGGAAAUAAUCACUCUACCAAACCAUGAUACAAACGUUGCACCCAUGGUUUUCCACUACUGCAGUUUAGCUGUCUUGUCCUUAUUCAUAAUAGAAAUUAUAAUACGCAUUUACGCAUUAAGACUCAAGUUUUUCAAACACAAACUGGAAAUGUUUGAUGCUAUUAUUGUGAUUGUCUCAUUUGUCCUUGACAUUGUGUUCAGAAAAAACGAGGGUCCCGAAAGUGGACUAGGAUUGCUGGUUGUACUCAGGUUAUGGAGAGUCACAAGGAUACUGAAUGGCAUUGUACUUACAGUAAAGAAACAAGCAGAAAAGAAAUUACAGAGAGAAAAACGAUUACGGCAGGCAUGUGAACAGGAACUGACGAAAUAUCGUGAAUAUUGCACGGCACAAGAACAGGAAAUAGAACUGUUGCGAGGUUUACUUAGGAAACAUGGGAUAGAAGAUAUAACAAGAAUAGACAGACAGCCGAUUGUUGUACGCACCAUUGAUGUAGUUGCUGAAGUCAACCACCUUGCAUCUGAAAAGACUUCCAGUACAGAUUCUGGUAGUGAAAGAAAUUCUAGUCCACCAGCAAGCAGCUGAAUUGUUAUUACAAAUGUACAUGUAUUUUUAUUUUCUUGAAAUGUUAAAAAUAGUGCUUUUGUAAACAGAUACACAAUAACACAUAUGUCAUGUUUGUACAAAGUAUGACAUCUUGCCAUAAUUGCAUAGCAGUAGAAGUAUAAUUUUUAUAAACAUUUAAAAUGUAUUUAAAAUGAUAAUGUAUAUAAAGGUCUACAAUGUGUCAUUGUCAUAUACAGUUAAAUCUGGUUUAUUCAUCAAACCAUAUUUGAACUAGAAGCCUAUUUCACUUCAUUAUCAAGACAGUGUCAUACAAUAUACAUGCAUAUUAUUCUGUAUCAGUAAUAUAUUGCUUUAUGACUAAAUCCCAACAUUCUUUUUCAAGAUGCAAUUGUAUAAAGUACUUAAGUAAAUGUACACUUAUUUAAAUAUAUAUGUAUUUUUUAAUGUUGAAGUAAAAUAUACACAAGAAAGGGUUACUUGUUCUACAUAAAGACUUGCCUAGAUCUAUAAUUUUUACCUUAGUGAAGGUGAGAAAGUGAGACUUCAGCGUGCUGUUUGGGGUAGCUGUGACGUCCACAAUGUUUUUGUUUAUUGUUAAAAUGUAUCAUGAGGUCAUUUUCAUGAACAUCUUUGGGUAAGUUGGGAGUUGGGAGGUAAAUUUUAUCUGUAUCCUUCCCAAUAUUCGACCCUGCGAUAAUACAGUAUUUAAAAAUAAAAUUGAUUUGAAUCUCAUACAGUUCUAUUAAAACUGAUUAUUCUUGAUAUUUUAAAUUUAGAAAUUAAUAUGUAUGACAGUGCCAUAUGUUGUUUUUACAUGUUUGUUAGGCAUACCUAAGCUUGUAGCCACUUACAAUCAUGGACAUGUUUGUAAUAUUUUUAUUUUGAAGGUUGUAUAUAUCUGAUGAAGGUUGAAAUGACAGAAGUGAAGUCAAAACCAAAUUUGAGAAGACAUUUUACUUAGAGGUAGUACUACUACACUGAUAAUUUUAGGUUAAUCUGCUCUGAUAAGAAGUUUUUAAAGGGGGAAUUAUGAAAAUAAUUUGUAAAAUAAGACUGAAUCUCAUGUUGAAUGAAAAAAAUGUUUGUUUAACAUAUUUCAACUUUCACAACUAGUUAAGAAAAGAAGAAAGGAAAAGGAAGCUUUAUUAACCUUUUUGUCAUUCUAGAUAAAACCCUUGCCAUAAACACGGUAUUAUACACUUGAAUAUACAGUUUGAUUUAUUAAGUAGUAGACUUUGAUAUACACACAUUUAUUUCUGGUUGAAUUUUUUUUUUUUUUUGCAUCUGAUUUACAUUAUAUAAUUACUCUCCGUUUAAAAAUACCGUUGAAAAUUCAUUAAUUGAAUUUACUUUAUAAAAUAAUAACAAACUUAAAGUUCAUUUGUAAUGCAGUUUAAAAAUUGUUUGGUUUUUGAUUAUAUUAAUAGAUUAACUUUAGUGUCAUAUUUAAAGGAAAUAAUUAUCAAUGCAAGUUUGUUCUAGUCAAUUCUGACAUGAAAUAAAAAAUGUUAUUUAUGUUUUAUUAACUUUAAUCUUUUUUGUAUGUGUCAAAAUUCAGUGGCAUAAUUUAGAUUUUACAUGCUAAAAAGCUGUUCAAGAUUUUUUACUAGUAUUUUGAAUAAGCUUUAUAUAUUAUUUUGAUAUUUUUAAACCUUAUUUGUAUCAUUCUAAGCAUGAGCCACAUUUAAUCAAGAUUUUCAUUAUGCAAAAUUAUAUGCUAAAAUCAACCUUAUACAUGUAUAUGUCUCCUUGCCAUAAAAUGGUCUUGAUAGAAAAGGGAGAUGAGAAUUCAAUUCUAAUCAGAUUGAUUUGUAGAAAUUCACACUGGAAUAUUCUAAAAAGGCUCUUUUCCUAUACUUGUCACAUAUUUGUUGUAAGAGAGACAGUUGUUAAAAAAAGUAUGAAUUACUUGUCAAUGUUAACCUGAGUCUCUAGAUAUUUUUAAGAUAUUUUUUGUUUCCCUUCCUUAAAAAACUUUUCAUGAAUGAUUAAUACAGAGAAUUUCAUGUAGGUGGCUCAUGUUUAAAAAAUGCUUUAUAUAUCAUUAGUGCUUACAUGUAAUGAUCUGCAUAGUGUUGCUUUAUAAACCAGAUCUGUAUUUAUUGAUACUGUUUACAUAUGAAAUAUUAUUUUAUUGAUCACAUUGUGAUAUGUUGAUGAAAUGUAUCGCUUACUGGUUAUGCAUUUGGGUUUGCAAAAAUUCAAAACUGUUAUUGCAUAUAGGGUAAUUUGUCCAAUGAAGUUUAGUCAAUCAAAAAAGCAUUUUUUAAAAUACUCUUUUAUUCUGAAAGCACCAUUUACCUUUGAUAAUUUAUAUCUUGCUGAUUAAAAUAAUACCUUAUGAAAAUUUCCUUUACACUUUUGUUGAUUGGUUUUUGUUAAAUACUUAUUUUUCUCAUAGUUUAGUUAAAAAUAUAACUAUAUAAGUCUGAUGUGUUGAUAUUUGUAAUAUUUUGGUCUUUAAGAAAACUAACAUAAAUAUUGAUACCAACAAAAGGAGAUAUGUAUCAUGUUUUUGAAGUCAGUCAUCAGACUUUAAUAUUUGAAAGUAGGAUAUGCCUGGUGAUAAUACGUCAUGGUACUACUUAAAUAUAUAAUCCAUAUCUAAUACAUUAUAUAUUCUUACUUGAAUUGUAAAAAUUAAUGAAUUGUAUGUACAAAAUAAAGUAUAAAUUGUU